ACAACCCACCCAAUGAGAGCCGUCAUUCACAGCGGCAGCCAUGGCAACAGACUGCAGCUGACUGAAAAAAACAACAUAUUUAAAGUUUUUAGAUAUGUUUUUAGAUUGUUUACUGACAGUUAAGCUAUGUUUAAGGUGUUUUAAGUAGUUUUUCUUCAAUUCCCGACUGUUGAUAAGGUUCAGGCAGUGCCAUUUCGGCACUUUGGCAAGAAGAAGAUGAAUUAGUCGAUACUUUAGCAGCUAGCAGGUGAACUGGGCUUGCUAGUUUAGGACGACGUCAAACCAGUUCCAACAUUAAAAUUGCGUACGUGUUACUGAUGAUUUUCACAUAAAUAAUUAUCGGAUAUGUCCGGACAACGAGCGGCUUUGCCAUCCGGGAGAGGCGGUCUUCUUCGCGGAAGCCGAGCUAUGUCGUACGGCAGCUUGAUGCGAUCGUCGCCGGCGUCUCCGGUCCGCCAGAGACACGUUGAACACACGGUUCAGUCCGGAGACACGCUCCAAGGUCUGGCCCUGAAGUAUGGAGUCUCUAUGGAACAAAUCAAGAGAGCAAAUAGGCUUUACACCAACGACUCUAUUUUCCUGAAGAAGUCUCUGUCGAUCCCUGUUCUGUCAGACCUGAAAGGGAUUCAUUUGUCUGAGGACUGUGAAGAACAAAGUUCUCACGAUGUCGUGGUUCAGAACGGGACAAACUUCUCUGAGAGGACAGACGAUGAUGGGAAAAGACCUUCAGACCUGAAACCUCUGGAUUUUCUGAGAAGACUGGAUGAAGGAAUCAACCAGACCAAGCAGACGGCAGUGAGAAGAUGUCAGGAUGCAGAGGAGAGAGUUGCAGCCCUAGAAGCUGCCUGUUCAAGCAGAAGCCCUGAAUGGAGGCUGCUAACCAGAUCGCAGAGCGUCAACGCAGCGCUCGGAGCAGUGCCCCUCACCGUCACCACGCUCACCAAACGGCUGAGGGACAGGGAGGACGAGAUCUUUGAAUUAUGACAACGCUUUUUCUGGCACAACUUUUGAACCAGCUUCCUUCUGGGUUUCAGGAACCUGAGCCCAGGAUGGCACAGAAUCUCACACUAAACCAACGAACCUCUGCUAAUUCUGCAGGCUCUAUUAUACCUAUAAACACAGUUAAAUGUAUUUCUCAAAUAUGUUUUGUUUUUCUCUUUCAACUAUACACACAUAUUGGAAAUUUGACCAUAAACAUACACCAAGAAAAGCCAAACUUUUCCAUGUGGUAGUAGAAGGUUUGGAUUUUCUCACAUUCAGGAAAUCUGUAAGAUCAGAAAUGUGAAUUUUUGUCACAUGUUGGUCUGAUCAUUUGACACAGUUUUAUACUACUUUUUUUAAAAAUUCACAGUAAAAAUAGCCUCUCAAACAGCCCAGAAGUGGAUCAGUUACUGCUAUACACUUUACAGGUAAUGUAGCCAAGGGAAAAGAAUCUAAGACAGGAUAUUUUUAGUCUUUUAUGUUCUGUUUUUAUAAAACUAAUUUUUAAAAUAAAUGUUUUAGAUUCAACUAAGGCACUAUUGGAUAUAAAAAUGUUUAGGGAGUCACUGCUACAUAUUUCUACUCCAUGUGAAUUUACUUUUGUAGUCAUUUACACUGUUGAAACAUGACAAACCCUUUUUUUUUACCUCAGACUAGGGCUUUAGCAUGUAUGAGCCAUUAGUUCAUCUUAAUGUGUUGCGAGUGUCCAGAAUGAUUGUCGGAAUAAAUAAAGUUUUGUCUGUUCACCA